AGCCCUCGCGCCUCGCCGGCGCACAGCGCUCGGAGCGCUCCUGCGGCCACAGGCGCGGCGUCCUCGGCGGCAGGCGGCAGCGAGCGGGAGCCCGGACGCUGGUGCAGCCGCAGCGCGCGGAGGAACCCGGGCUGUGCCGGGAGCUGGGCGGCCACGUCCGGACGGGACCGAGACUCCUCGUAGCGCAUUGCGGCGGCCUCGCCUUCCCCGGCCGCGAGCGCGCCGCUGCUUGAAAAGCCGCGGAGCCCGAGGACUUUUCUCCGGUCCGAGCUCAGGGCGCCCCGCAGGGCGCACGGUACCCGUGCUGCAGUCGGGCACGCCGCGGCGCCGGGGCCUCCGCGGGGCGAUGGAGCCCGGUCUGCAAGGAGCGUGAGGCGCCGCCGCGUUCUGGAGAAGGGGGGCACAAGGUCUGGAGACCCCGGGCGGCGGACGGGAGCCCUCCCCCCGCCCCGCCUCCGGGGCACCAGCUCCGGCUCCAUUGUUCCCGCCCGGGCUGGAGGCGCCGAGCACCGAGCCCCGCCGGGAGUCGAGCACCGGCCGCGGAGCUCUUGCGACCCCGCCAGGACCCGAACAGAGCCCGGGGGCGGCGGGCCGGAGCCGCGGACGCGGGCGCACGCCCGCUCGCAGAAGCCACGGCGGACUCUCCCGAGGCGGAACCUCCACGCCGAGCGAGGGUCAGUUUGAAAAGGAGGAUUGAGCUCACUGUGGAGUAUCCAUGGAGAUGUGGAGCCUUGUCACCAACCUCUAACUGCAGAACUGGGAUGUGGAGCUGGAAGUGCCUCCUCUUCUGGGCUGUGCUGGUCACAGCCACACUCUGCACCGCUAGGCCGUCCCCGACCUUGCCUGAACAAGCCCAGCCCUGGGGAGCCCCUGUGGAAGUGGAGUCCUUCCUGGUCCACCCUGGUGACCUGCUGCAGCUUCGCUGUCGGCUGCGGGACGAUGUGCAGAGCAUCAACUGGCUGCGGGAUGGGGUGCAGCUGGCAGAAAGCAACCGCACCCGCAUCACAGGGGAGGAGGUAGAGGUGCAGGACUCCGUGCCCGCAGACUCCGGCCUCUAUGCUUGCGUAACCAGCAGCCCCUCGGGCAGUGACACCACCUACUUCUCCGUCAAUGUUUCAGAUGCCCUCCCCUCCUCGGAGGAUGAUGAUGAUGAUGAUGACUCCUCUUCAGAGGAGAAAGAAACAGAUAACACCAAACCAAACCGUAUGCCCGUAGCUCCAUAUUGGACAUCCCCAGAAAAGAUGGAAAAGAAAUUGCAUGCAGUGCCGGCUGCCAAGACAGUGAAGUUCAAAUGCCCUUCCAGUGGGACCCCAAACCCCACACUGCGCUGGUUGAAAAAUGGCAAAGAAUUCAAACCUGACCACAGAAUUGGAGGCUACAAGGUCCGUUAUGCCACCUGGAGCAUCAUAAUGGACUCCGUGGUGCCCUCUGACAAGGGCAACUACACCUGCAUUGUGGAGAAUGAGUACGGCAGCAUCAACCACACGUACCAGCUGGAUGUCGUGGAGCGGUCCCCUCACCGGCCCAUCCUGCAAGCAGGGUUGCCCGCCAACAAGACAGUGGCCCUGGGUAGCAAUGUGGAGUUCAUGUGUAAGGUGUACAGUGACCCGCAGCCGCACAUCCAGUGGCUAAAGCACAUCGAGGUGAACGGGAGCAAGAUUGGUCCAGACAACCUGCCUUAUGUCCAGAUCUUGAAGACUGCUGGAGUUAAUACCACCGACAAAGAGAUGGAGGUGCUUCACUUAAGAAAUGUCUCCUUUGAGGAUGCAGGGGAGUAUACGUGCUUGGCGGGUAACUCUAUCGGACUCUCCCAUCACUCUGCAUGGUUGACCGUUCUGGAAGCCCUGGAAGAGAGGCCGGCAGUGAUGACCUCGCCCCUGUACCUGGAGAUCAUCAUCUAUUGCACAGGGGCCUUCCUCAUCUCCUGCAUGGUGGGGUCGGUCAUCAUCUACAAGAUGAAGAGUGGUACCAAGAAGAGUGACUUCCACAGCCAGAUGGCUGUGCACAAGCUGGCCAAGAGCAUCCCUCUGCGCAGACAGGUGUCUGCUGACUCCAGUGCAUCCAUGAACUCUGGGGUUCUUCUGGUUCGGCCGUCACGGCUCUCUUCCAGUGGGACUCCCAUGCUAGCAGGGGUCUCUGAGUAUGAGCUUCCCGAAGACCCUCGCUGGGAGCUGCCUCGGGACAGACUGGUCUUAGGCAAACCCCUGGGAGAGGGCUGCUUUGGGCAGGUGGUGUUGGCAGAGGCCAUCGGGCUGGACAAGGAUAAACCCAACCGUGUGACCAAAGUGGCUGUGAAGAUGUUGAAGUCGGACGCAACAGAGAAAGACUUGUCAGACCUGAUCUCAGAAAUGGAGAUGAUGAAGAUGAUCGGGAAGCAUAAGAAUAUCAUCAACCUGCUGGGGGCCUGCACGCAGGAUGGUCCCUUGUAUGUCAUCGUGGAGUAUGCCUCCAAGGGCAACCUGCGGGAGUACCUGCAGGCCCGGAGGCCCCCAGGGCUGGAAUACUGCUACAACCCCAGCCACAACCCAGAGGAGCAGCUCUCCUCCAAGGACCUGGUGUCCUGCGCCUACCAGGUGGCCCGAGGCAUGGAGUAUCUGGCCUCCAAGAAGUGCAUACACCGAGACCUGGCAGCCAGGAAUGUCCUGGUGACAGAGGACAAUGUGAUGAAGAUAGCAGACUUUGGCCUCGCACGGGACAUUCACCACAUCGACUACUAUAAAAAGACAACCAACGGCCGACUGCCUGUGAAGUGGAUGGCGCCUGAGGCAUUGUUUGACCGGAUCUACACCCACCAGAGUGAUGUGUGGUCUUUCGGGGUGCUCCUGUGGGAGAUCUUCACUCUGGGCGGCUCCCCAUACCCCGGUGUGCCUGUGGAGGAGCUUUUCAAGCUGCUGAAGGAGGGUCACCGCAUGGACAAGCCCAGUAACUGCACCAACGAGCUGUACAUGAUGAUGCGGGACUGCUGGCAUGCAGUGCCCUCACAGAGACCCACCUUCAAGCAGCUGGUGGAAGACCUGGACCGCAUCGUGGCCUUGACCUCCAACCAGGAGUACCUGGACCUGUCCAUGCCCCUGGACCAGUACUCCCCCAGCUUUCCCGACACCCGGAGCUCUACGUGCUCCUCAGGGGAGGAUUCCGUCUUCUCUCAUGAGCCGCUGCCCGAGGAGCCUUGCCUGCCCCGACACCCAGCCCAGCUUGCCAAUGGCGGACUCAAACGCCGCUGACUGCCACCCACACGCCCUCCCCAGACUCCACCGUCAGCUGUAACCCUCACCCACAGCCCCUGCUGGGCCCACCGCCUGUCCGUCCCUGUCCCCUUUCCUGCUGGCAGGAGCCAGCUGCCUACCAGGGGCCUUCCUGUGUGGCCUGCCUUCACCCCACUCAGCUCACCUCCUCCUCCGUCUCCUCUGCACCUGCUGGUGAGAGGUGCAAAGAGGCAGAUCUUUGCUGCAGGCCACUUCAUCCCCUCCCAGAUGCUGGACCAAGACCCCUCCCUGCCACCAGGCACUGCCUGGAGGGCCGGGAGUAGGAGCCGAUGAACAGGCAUGCAAGUGAGAGCUUCCUGAGCUUUCUCCUGUCGGUUUGGUCUGUUUUGCCUUCACCCGUAAGCCCCUCGCACUCUGGUGGCAGGUGCCUUGUCCUCAGGGCUACAGCAGCAGGGAGGUCAGUGCUUCGAGCCUCGAUUGAAGGUGACCUCUGCCCCAGAUAGGUGGUGCCAGUGGCUUAUUAAUUCCGAUACUAGUUUGCUUUGCUGACCAAAUGCCUGGUACCAGAGGAUGGUGAGGCGAAGGCCAGGUUGGGGGCAUUGUUGUGGCCCUGGGGCCCAGCUCCGAACUGGGGGCUCUGUACAUAGCUAUGAAGAAAACACAAAGUGUAUAAAUCUGAGUAUAUAUUUACAUGUCUUUUUAAAAGGGUCGUUACCAGAGAUUUACCCAUCGGGUAAGAUGCUCCUGGUGGCUGGGAGGCAUCAGUUGCUAUAUAUUAAAAACAAAGAAAAAAGAAAAAAAAGGAAAAUGUUUUUAAAAAGGUCAUAUAUUUUUUGCUACUUUUGCUGUUUUAUUUUUUUAAAUUAUGUUCUAAACCUAUUUUCAGUUUAGGUCCCUCAAUAAAAAUUGCUGCUGCUUCA